AAUGAAGAGUAGCAGACUAUAGUAGGGGUUGGCGGUAAGGAACCGUUGCUCUAACGGUCGACAGUUGAGGCUACCCUCAAACGGGAGUUGAACGUCGAACCCUCGAGGGAAAGCAGUGAACCUCGUCAUCUUCGUGAGGCACCAUGCGUGAAUGUAUCUCUAUCCACGUUGGACAAGCUGGAGUUCAGAUUGGUAAUGCUUGCUGGGAAUUAUAUUGUCUUGAGCAUGGAAUUCAGCCAGAUGGUCAGAUGCCCAGUGACAAAACCAUAGGCGGUGGAGAUGAUUCUUUUAAUACAUUUUUUAGUGAAACCGGUGCUGGCAAGCAUGUACCUAGAGCUGUUUUUGUGGACCUUGAGCCAACUGUUGUUGAUGAGGUGCGUACAGGUACUUAUAGACAAUUAUUUCAUCCUGAGCAACUCAUUACUGGAAAAGAAGAUGCUGCUAACAAUUAUGCUAGAGGCCAUUAUACUAUAGGAAAAGAGAUUGUUGAUCUAGUGCUGGAUCGCAUUCGAAAAUUGGCUGACCUGUGUACUGGUCUACAGGGUUUCCUUAUUUUCCAUAGUUUUGGCGGAGGUACUGGCUCUGGAUUUGCAUCUUUGCUAAUGGAAAGACUGUCAGUUGACUACGGGAAAAAAUCCAAACUGGAAUUUGCAAUAUACCCAGCUCCACAAGUAUCUACUGCUGUGGUGGAGCCUUACAAUUCUAUCCUUACUACACAUACCACAUUGGAACAUUCUGACUGUGCAUUCAUGGUGGAUAAUGAAGCUAUUUAUGAUAUAUGUCGACGCAAUCUUGAUAUUGAACGUCCAACUUACACCAACCUCAAUCGUCUCAUUGGUCAAAUUGUAUCUUCUAUCACAGCUUCGCUACGUUUUGAUGGUGCUCUGAAUGUAGAUUUGACAGAAUUUCAAACAAAUCUUGUUCCUUAUCCACGAAUCCAUUUCCCCUUGGCAACGUAUGCUCCUGUCAUUUCAGCUGAAAAGGCAUACCAUGAGCAGUUGUCAGUGGCUGAAAUUACUAAUGCUUGUUUUGAGCCAGCUAAUCAGAUGGUAAAAUGUGAUCCUCGCCAUGGUAAAUAUAUGGCAUGUUGCAUGCUGUACAGAGGUGAUGUUGUGCCAAAAGAUGUCAAUGCAGCUAUUGCAACAAUCAAGACAAAACGUACUAUUCAGUUUGUGGAUUGGUGUCCAACUGGGUUCAAGGUGGGCAUUAAUUAUCAGCCACCCACUGUGGUACCAGGAGGAGAUUUGGCCAAGGUGCAACGUGCUGUAUGUAUGCUGAGUAACACUACUGCAAUUGCAGAAGCUUGGGCUCGCCUUGAUCAUAAAUUUGAUUUGAUGUAUGCUAAAAGAGCCUUUGUGCAUUGGUAUGUAGGGGAAGGAAUGGAAGAAGGAGAAUUUUCUGAAGCUCGAGAAGAUCUGGCUGCACUUGAAAAAGAUUAUGAAGAAGUUGGUGUUGAUUCUGUGGAAGCUGAAGCUGAAGAAGGAGAAGAAUAUUAAGCUAUGUCAGAUGAUAUAUAUUUCAAUAUUUUGUACCAAGUUCACUUGUUCGGUUACAAAUAAACUUUUAAGUGUUCAAGUUUAAUAGCUAUUAUUUAAAAUAGCUUUAAAACCAUUCCUUGAAAACAUUUCUAUAAACUUUGAGCAAAGCAUAAAAUAAAAGUUUUCUGUAAAACUACGCCUGUCAGAAACAUAUCCAUCCAUUCUUUAUUUCUCCCUUUCAUUCUUACAGAAUCUUUGGAGAACUUAUUAAGUAUUCUGAAAUAGUCAUUAAAAUGUUAUUGCAUCUUAGCCAUGUAUGUAUAUAAUGAAAAUGAUAAUUGGGAUGUCAUUGAUUGUAGGUGGAAUUUUAUGUUAAUUAAAGUAAUGUGAAUAAGAAAA